AUGCUUUCUUGUCUCCCAACAGAACUUCUUUUUCUGAUCGUUGAAUAUGUCAACGACCAGAUGUGGCUUCUCGAUUUGUCAAUGGUCAAUAAACAGCUUCGUGAAAUUUGUUCUCCAGCAAUAUUUGAAACUCUUGUUGUGAAGUUUACAAAGAUGGGUCUAUUAAACUUGAUUAAGGCAUCAGAGUCGCCUCUUUCACGAUAUGUUAGGUGCAUCCGCUACGAAGCCGCUGAAAUCCUUGAUCCAAUGGUUCAAUACCCAGAGAUAUUCCGAUCAUGUAUAUAUACUCCCGACGAUUAUGUCCGCGACUGGAGGGAUACACCAUGGAGAUUCCGAAGUCGAAGUAUCUCUUAUUCGAUGAUUUAUGCAUACUUUUGUGUCCAGGCACGGGAUCAACAGGACAUUAUCGACGAUGGUCUUGACACUAAGGCACUCUCUGAAUCUCUCCCACGCUUUAUACGUCUACAUACUAUAGAGCUACGCUUCAUGACAGGACUUAGCUACCCUUAUGAAUGGCUUGCUAGCCAGGCCUUAAUUGACAACUCGUUCUCUUUCUCAGAUCAUUUCAAGAAAUUGAUGAUGAGCAUGAUCCUCGCCAAGGAGUCCGGAGUUCUGAUACAAAAUUUCAAAGUCUCCGGUUUCUAUACAUCAUUCAAUGAGAACAAGGAACUAUGCAAGCUCGCUGAAGAAGCUUUUUCGAAUAUUCAGACUAUCCAUGUACUAGACAGUCCAACUAUGCUAGACUGUUUUUCAAAGCUAUCGAUACCGUUCUUACGUCGCUUGGAGCUUGCAAAUUGUUGGCUCUCGAUUUCAAGCCUUGAAACGUUCAUCCAGGCGCAUGCAGAGACUCUCCGAUUUCUGCAUUUGGAAGAAAUCUGGCUUCUUGACAGCACAUCUGAGUACGAUCAUUUACCCUGGGACACAGGAAGUACGGAUCGCCUUUUGCACAGAUUAGAGCAUAUAUUUCAACUAGGCAUACUGUCUGGAGUGACAAUCAAUAGCCGAAAUGACGGACAAUUCGAGGUAUAGAAG